UCAGGAGGAUGUGGUCAGUCUGCGUUAGCUUCAACUCCGCUCAGUCUGCUUAAGUUCUGUAUUUAACCUGAAUUCAAAAAAUAGCUCGCCCAAUUGUCAAUAAAUGGCAUGUUGUGAACAACGGAGAGGCGUGUUUAUCAAACAGAAGCGUUUUAGUCGUUGUUUUGCGCUCGGAAUAAGUGACUAAAGCGGCUGCUGUUUUGGCCUGCUAGGCGGAUAUCCUAGCUAAAACUAGCAGCAGCCUCUAUUGCCUCCCGGAGCUUCACUGACAUCUCUCACCCGAAACAGAAAGAGAAAUGGCACACCUUGCUAACCAACUCAGGUGGACGUCUCUGUCUCUUUAAGGGAAAGUUGUGUGGUUCUUCAGUAAUGAGACUUUCCUCUCAGUUAUAAACGUCUUGUGAAAUGGAGCUCUACUGGUAUAUAGUUGUUAUAAUAUUCAUCAUCAUAAAGAUCUUCUUCUAUGUGUGCUGGUACCGGUCAAGACAAAGGCAACUGGCAGCAUAUUUGAGCAACACCCGCAAUGCACAGAUAGUCAUCGUCGGAGGAAGGGCUUACCUUCAUCAGAUGUGUGAGAGACAGAAUCAAACAUCUGUGUGGCCCAGUUGGUACGGUGUUCAGGAGGACUUUUCAGUCGAGGAACCCUCCUCAACAAUGCCCCCGACUGCAUCCUUCUCCCACCUGGAAAUGCCCCCACCUUACGAGGUGGUCUCUGGAGAGGAUGACCUGAAGCCGCCUCCCUACAGCGAAUGCGCUCAAACCGAUGAGACCGACUCCCCUCAUCGCUCCCACAACACUCCUCUCAUUUCUGAGGGUGGAAACUCGGUUCGCAUCAGCGAAGCUCCUCCCCCCUACACACUGACUCCGCCUCCAUUAGCCGGCCCCCAGGGCAGUCCUGUAAGCCAGAGUGAGCCUCUGCCAGAAAGCAGGGCCGCUUAAACAGCCGCUCAUUCAAGUUUGCCUUUUCCCCCACCCCCAUGCACUGCCUUCCUACAUUCAACCUCAGUGAUCUUUGCCUGCCUUACUCUCACUGUGAGAGCAGUUGUUUAUUUGGGUGGUUGUGUGCCUGUGUAUGUGUGUGCCUUCCUUGGUUUUAAAACCAAUUUGCUUUUCUACUUGUAUUAAAAAAUGGUCAUCUGAUGAGUUUGGCAAUAACAGAUGAUUGCAGCAAGCCUUCGUGCCUCGGUCAGGACCGCAGAACCUGUUUCCCAGCAAGGAUCAACAACAGAAAGGGACUUUUAAUCUGUGUUGACUUUUAUAUGUUUUCCUCUUGCUGUUUGUCUGCCGUGUCCCACAGAGCUAAAUUAACUUCUUUAUUCUUACAGCGUUUUUGGAGAAGUUAGUUCUUGUUCCUGAUUUUACAUUUUUUAACUUUGUUCUGUAGUCACAAUUAUUCAGCACCUGUUUGAUAUAAAAAUUCUUGUUUUAGACAAUCUAAAACAUCUUGAGCCACCAGGUGUACAUAUGCAUAAGAAAUAAUCAGAUGUCUGCUUGGUGUAUCAUUACUUCACUUGAGGUAUCUGUAAAUGCACUAAAUCAUUUACAUAAUUAAAUUGUGGCUUAUAUUGAAAUGCUAGUUUACCUAACUGAAUAGGAAUGAGCACAGAAGGGAAACAAGGUGAUGAAACAUUUAAUGUCAGUGGAUGUAUUCUUCCAAUUAUAGUCAUCACUACUGGACAUUUUUUGCUUCUUUAUUCCAAAAGAUAAACAGAGGCAUAAAAGUUCUUAUGAAAUGAAAUUAAACUAUGUAAAAUCACUAUGCCUGCAGUCAUCCACUAAACUUCUCUUAUUUUUUGCCUUAAAAAAAUUGUCUCAAAUAGUGAGAAAUGAAUAAACCAAAAAACAUCUGUUGCUUGUAAUCUUUUUGGCAACCAACCACAGGCAGGUGGACAUUAUUCAAGUGUUGUAUUUUCUUGUAAAUUGCUGUUUUUGGAAAGGUGUUUAGCAUUCUUUUUAGAAGACUAUCAUAAAGCUAAUAUGGUAAUAUACUCCCGGAAAAUAAAUUUCAGAUACUUGGCCAACAACAGUGUAUUUUGUGACCAAGCAGUGACUCUUCAUAGUAGCACAAAGCAAGAAAUUCCACCCAAGUUAGCUCCUAAUUGUAGCAUUCGGUGAGCAUGAGACACGGUUGGUGAAAGACACAACACUGUGAAGUUUUUCUCCUGAGAUUUCUUUACAUUGCAUGUGUUGCACUUUGGCACUCACGUGAAAAUUGGAGGUGCACAAAACCUGUGAAAAUACAAGUUGCUUUAUUUUUUUUUAAUUUCAAUAAAAUAUCUGGAUUACCUUGCCAAAGAGGACCACAGACGGCAUUCCCUUGUCCAUCAAAAAAUCUUGGCAUAACCGUUUAGGAGGCUGAAUACAUCCCAUGGAAAACCCUAAAAGAAGCAUCCAAAAACAGAAUUAAAGUUGUGGAUAAAUGUGUUUUUGUUUGUAUGUUUUCUAUUUACUUUUUCUCUUAAACCAAUAGAUACCUAAUUUAAAGCUUCCCCUCUUUUUUAACUAAAAUUUUCCACCAGAGAUUAAAUGAGCCUCAUAUCUUAGCUAAUGGCUUCCUGUAAUGACGUCAACACAAUGUUUUGACUAUCGAGCUAAAUACACAUUCCCCAUUCCUGCACUGGUUGGCCAUCUUAUCACUGCUUACCCUUAGAUUUUCUAAUAAAAUGAAAGAGCGAAUGGAUGCUGUAUAUCUGUAUUUAAAUUUUGGGGACAUGUAUGAAAUAGGGUGGGUUGUUUUUUUGUUUUUAUCUAUUCUAUCUUUUAAUGGUUAGUCAUUACAUUACAAUGAUAAAUGUGUUUGUCCCUUAUGCCUUUUACUGCAUACAUAUGUUUCUUCAGUCUGAUGGAUGCAAAAGCAAAGGUACAGAUGAAUGCAUGUUUGAACCUGAUAUCACUAACGUCAGCAGCAGCAUGAUAAACAGUCCUAACCAUUCUGCUACAAUCAAUUCUGUCCUGUUAUAUACUGUAUGUACUGUUAGUUCACUUCAUGUUCAUUCCCUAUGGUGGUUGAAAAAUCUAUUACUUCAACUGGUUAUUUGUAGGUGUGACAGUUCAGGGGAAAAAUAUUUUUUGUGCAUUGAAUUGAGAAAUAAAUCUUCUGUAUAAAAAAACUAACCUUUUAUGUUGCAUAUUUUUAAAGUUUAAAGCAUCGUUAUUCCUUUUUUUAAAUCUGUUGUCAAAAGAACAAAACAAAUUUAGCAGCAUAGCGAUAACCCGAAACAAGACAGACUGCAGCUAUUUAAGCCUCUAUGUCCUCUAAUAAAUCAAAAUUUAAAUGAA